ACAAGACCUUAAUUUUCAUUUCAUUUCGAUAAUUUCACACCUUAUCUAUCUAAUACUAUACUAUACAAAAAGUUCUCAGUGACAGAGUAGAGUAACGGAGGCAUGCCGAUGACGAUGGCGAUGACGGCGUCGCAGUUGCGGUGGGGGUGGAGACCGACGCCGAAGCAGCAGCAACGACGCCGUAUGGUUCCGGUGGUGUGUUCCAUCGCUAUAAAGAACGCUCAGAACAAAGAGAGAGCGAAACUGAAGAAGCUCUUCGAAGAAGCGUACGAGAGGUGCCGCACUGCUCCCACCGAAGGCGUUUCCUUCACUAUCCAACAAUUCACCGACGCUCUCGACAAGUACGACUUCGACGCCGAAAUGGGCACCAAGGUUAAGGGCACUGUUUUUGCCACAGAUAACAGCGGAGCUUAUGUUGACAUUACUGCUAAGUCCACGGCCUACUUGCCUCUGCAUGAGGCUUGCAUCCACAGAAUUAAGAAUGUGGAAGAAGCAGGCAUAAUUCCUGGCAUGAGAGAGGAAUUUAUGAUCAUUGAUGAGAAUCAAGCGGAUGAUACCUUGAUCUUGAGUUUGAGGUCUAUCCAAUAUGACAUUGCAUGGGAACGCUGCCGACAACUUAAGGCUGAAGAUGCUGUUGUCAAGGGUAAGGUUAUUAAUGCAAACAAAGGAGGUCUGGUGGCUCAAGUGGAAGGCCUUAAGGGGUUUGUUCCAUUUUCACAGAUAUCAUCGAAAUCAGCUGGAGAAGAACUUCUUGAGCAGGUGAUUCCUUUUAAGUUUGUGGAGGUGGAUGAGGAACAGUCUAGACUUGUUCUCAGUCACCGCAAAGCUGUGGCUGAGAGCCAAGGACAGCUAGGAAUUGGAUCAGUAGUCACUGGCUCUGUUCAAAGCAUAAAACCAUAUGGUGCCUUCAUUGACAUUGGUGGAAUCAGUGGCCUCCUUCAUGUCAGUCAGAUCAGUCAUGACCGUAUAACUGAUAUUGAAACUGUUCUUCAACCUGGUGAUGUUCUGAAGGUGAUGAUCUUAAGUCAUGACCGAGAGAGAGGACGAGUAAGUCUUUCCACAAAGAAGUUGGAACCCACGCCUGGUGACAUGAUUCGCAAUCCAAAGCUUGUCUUUGAGAAGGCGGAGGAGAUGGCUCAGACAUUCAGACAGAGAAUUGCUCAAGCAGAAGCUAUGGCUCGUGCUGAUAUGCUUAGAUUCCAGCCAGAGAGUGGAUUAACUCUCAGUGGUGAAGGAAUCUUAGGACCACUAGCUUCAGACUUGCCUCCAGAGGGAGUGGAUCUGAGUGAGGUACCCCCAGCUGAAGAUUCAUGAUUGAGAAUUGAGAAUUGAGAACUGAGCCCUCUUUUACUUCCCUCCCCUUUUUAUUUAUUUUUUCUUUCUUUUUACACCUUGCUCCAAAUAUUGUUGUAGAAAGAUGAACUAAUGUAACGGUUCUUUUUAGCAAACUCAGUUUUGUAGUAAAGGCAAUUGUAGAACACAUCAUUUUCUGUCGAAAUUUUAUUGUGAGAGGUUGUCCCUGUUAUCUUUAGUCAAAUUGACAAUAGUGGAACCAGUUCAAAACCAGAUUUACAUAUUAUGUCUC